AUGGCUGAAUCACCAACAAUAACUGAAGGAACGGAAGUUGACAACGAGGCUUUUUCAUCGUUCCGAGUUUGCGUAUUGGCAGGGGAAUGGGAUGACGUUGUUCCGGCGUAUAGAAACAACAGUGAUUUCCACAAGAUAAAGAUCAACGAAAGCAGUGGCACUGCACUACACGUGGCAGUGAAUGAUGGGUUAAUGGAAGUUGUGGACAUUCUUGUUGAUGCAAUCAUAGAGCAUGAAAGGAGGGAAGUGUUGAGAGAUGAUAGUGCAUUGAGAUCAACCAAUGAGAGAGGGGACACUCCUUUGCACCUUGCAGCUUCAAGAGGGUUCAUUGGUAUGUGUAAGUGCAUCAUAGGGGAAGCUGGCGAAAGGAGGGAUUUGAUUAAGGUUAAGAACAACAAGGGUGAAACACCUUUGUUUGGGGCUGUUCUCACAUGCCAAACAAACACCUUUGUGUACCUCUAUCAUGUUUCCAAUGAUUUGGAUGUUCCACUUAGGAACAAUGAUGGGGAUACCAUCCUUCAUGCUGCCAUUUGGAGAGAAUUCUUUGAAUUGGCAAAAGACCCAACCUGUGCAUGUCGAAAUGCCAAUACCGUUAAUAGGACCCAAUUCACAAAUGCAUGUAUCCCCACAGAGAUAUAA